CCCCCGCUAGGAAGCUGGGAGGACGGAGGACAGGAGAGGUGGGAACCCUGGGACGGUAGUGAUCCCGAGUCUAGGCGACGGGGCGAGACGGAGCCGGUAGGUGGUGGGAGGGGGCCCAGCCGGAGUCGGCUGGAGUGCCAGGCCCGGAGGCCCCCACCCUUGCGUACCUGCCCGGGCCGCGGCUGAGGAGGAGGCAGAGGAGGAGGAUGAUCUCCAGAUACACUCGGAAGGCGGUGCCGCAGAACUUGGAGCUGAAAGGAGUAACAAAACAUGCUCUUAAUCAUCAUCCCCUUCCAGAGCAACUGGAUGAAAUUUCCUCUACUAAUGAUGGCCAUGAAAAAGACACAAGUUCCCAAAGUGAGUCUGACUUCACUCAAGAAUCACCUUUAACAUCAGGCAACACUGAGAAUUCAGGAUCUGCUUUUCCAAGUUAUACUGGCACAGGGAUCUCUACAGAAGGCAGCUCAGACUUCUCCUGGGGAUAUGGUGAACUUGAUAAAAAUGCCACUGAAAAAGUCCAGGCCAUGUUCAUAGCCAUUGAUGAGCUCUUAUAUGAGCAAAAGUCAAGUGUGUAUACCAAGAGUCUACAAGAAGAGUGCCAACAGUGGACAUCUAGCUUUCCUCACCUCAGAAUUCUGGGUAAACAGAUAAUUACUCCAAGUGAAGGUUAUGGAUUAUAUCCUAGAUCCCCACCUGCUAUUUCAGCUUCACAUGAAGCAGCCUUGUCUCAAGAAAGAGAUUCAGCAAUAUUUGGCAUAAGAGGAAAGAAGUUACAUUUUUCACCUUCUUAUGCUCAAAAAGUAUCUUCCAUUGCCAGAUCCCCUGGUUUGUGUGCUGUGGAAAGAGAAGAAGACUGUACAAUCUUCUCAGAAGGAAUAAUUGAGGAAUACCUAGCUUUCGACCAUACAGAUAUGGAAGAGGGAUUUCAUGAAAAUAAAUCAGAAGCAGCUACAAAGAAACAGAAAUUAGGGUACCCUCCCAUUGCUCCAUUUUACUGCAUAAAAGAGGACAUUCUUGCUUAUGUGUUUGACAACGUGUGGAGCAAAAUUGUGAGCUGUUUGGCGCAAUUGACACGAAGUCACUGGGAGGGAUUUGCUUCUGAUGAUGAGAGUAAUGUUGCAGUCACCAGACCAGAUUCAGAAAGUCCCUAUGUGCUGAGUGAACCACAUACUUUGGUGUUACCUCCAGUGCCACAGUCCAAGGUGCUGUCUGUCACCUCAAAUCUGAUGAGUCUCUGUCAAGCAAGUGGUCAUCAGCCAAAUGCAAAUGGUCUCUUGAUUCAUGGGAUGCCUCUACAGCCAAGAAAUCUCUACCUAAUUGACAAGCUCCUAGAUCUUGAUGACAAGCUACUUAUGAGGCCUGGGUCCAGUACCAUCUUUUCAACCCGAAAUUGGCCAAACCGAGCCUUGGAGCUUAGUACAUCAUGUCUGUCAUAUAAAGUGCAGUCUGCCAGGAGACGUAAUCCCCCACCACGUACCCUUCAUCCAAUCAGCACAAGCCACUCAUGCACCGGAACACCAAGACCUGUGGAAGAAAUCCUCAGAGGAUCACAAGUCCCUUUGGCAGUUGUUGACUCGCUCUCCUCUCCCUCACCAAUACCCCUGAGUCGAAAUAAUCUGCUGCCACCUAUUGGCACAAGUGAAGUGGAACACCUGAGCCCUGUGGGGCCACAAAGGCAAAUGAAACCCCAUGGUGAUUCCAGUCGAGCCCGAAGUGCAGUGGUGGAUGAGCCUAACUAUCAGCAGCCUCAAGAUAGGCUCCUUUUAUCUAACUUCUUCUCCAGGCCCAAUACAACUCAGUCAUUUAUGCCAGAAACACAGUAUCAUCGUUCACAUGCACUUGAGUAUCCUCAUCAAACCCGACCCAGUAGGGGAUCUGCAGUCUUUAAAUGCUUUCAUUGGACUCCUUCUACAAAAGAAGCAAUGCUACCCCUGAGCUACAAUUAUUAUAUUCAGCCACAGAUGUAACUAAUAUUUAAAAACGGUUCUCAUUUGCAUGCCUCUCCAAAAAUCUCAAAGCAGAGGUGGACCAAUCUCUAAGACCAGGCAGGGACCAUAAGGCAAAUGAGAAGAACCUAUCAGGCUGCAGCAAACACGUGGGAAGACUUCAAGAAUCAGUGUUCGACCAUCAAAUGAUGGAGAGCGUGUAUACAAGAUCAACUAGAAUCCAUCUUCAUGAAGAGUUAUUUUGGUAAAACUGACUGAGAAAAACAAUAGACUACCCACCAAAAGACUGACUACACGGGUAAUGUUUCUAUCUCCAAUUAUUGUCUUUCAGUGUAAGUUAACCUAUCCACUCAACAGUAAAGACUGUACCCCAAAGAUGUAAAAAUGAAUAAUUGCCCCCAAAUCACUGCUCAUGUUGUCUGUUAAGGAUGAUUAGUACAUUUAUAGGAUUCUAUGAGAUUAUAUAUACAACAAUAAGUAGCAAAUGAUUUGAUAUUAACAAUAUCACUGGCUUCAGAAUAUUUCAGCUUGUAUUAAUUUCUUGAGAGUUGUACUCAGUUUUGUCAUUUUUAGGAGAUAGUGCUACAAAAAAAUCUGAGCUACUCAUAAAAUAAACAUCAUUCCUAAAGCUUUCUCAUUAGAUUUCUAAUGAGAAUGAAAUGGAAGGGCUGAGUAAUUAAAGGCCUCAGCAUUGGUAAAAAGUAACCCGUAUAACUAAUUUUUUUUUUUUAAUAUUUAUUAUUUUUUAGUUCUUGGCGGACACAACAUCUUUGUUGGUAUGUGGUGCUGAGGAUCGAACCCAGGCCGCACGCAUGCCAGGCGAGCGCGCUACCACUUGAGCCACAUCCCCAGCCCCGUAUAACCAAUUAUAUCACAUAUUUUUUUAGAACAGCUCAACCUUGCUUGUGUGAUGUCAGCUUAUGCUAAUUUUCUUCUUAAAGUAUUUUACUGGUUCUAUUUUUUCCCAAAUAUUUAAUUUAUCUUGCAAGCUUUUCUCCUGAAGCUCUAGAAAAGUUAGCAUUAUUUUUUAAAUAAUUUAUAGAAACUAUUUUUGAGCCACCAAAGCACAAAUUCCUUAAGAAUCUAAGAAACUUGGACUAAGAAAUUGACCCAAUAUAAACAUAUCCUAACAGCAGAAGAAAAGAACCUUGGCAUACUUCAGAUUUUACCAUGGAUGUUUUCCUGAGGGUACUCAUAAAUACAGUAGUGGUUUUAACUAUGGCUUAAAUGUAUUUAAAUUUCAUUGAACUUACCUUAAUUAUCAUUACCAAUGUUAGAUCUUAUUGUUAAUUUUCAGAGUGGAUAAAUUCAAAAUCAUAAUUGAGGUGACUAAUUAUGUCAACAUAAUACUUUAUCACAUGAGGACAGACGCUUCAAACAACUUGCACUGAAUUACAUUUUAAUACAAUUAAAAGAGUAUUUUUUAA